CUGGAAAAAUGAUGAAUGACCAAAAUGUUCUUAUCGGGUGUCACUGGCUUCCCCUUCUUAUAAGUGAUCAAAAUUUUGUUCGUCCUCGGUGUCAUCCCCUCCUUGCGUUCACUUUCAUACUCGCUCUUUUACAUUUGGGCUUUCUUGAUUAUGCCCCCUGUUGGGAUCUCAGCACAUGAAAUCAACACGCUCGUUGGGCCCAUGUUGAUUGGAACAUGGUUGAACGUUUGGCUUCUCGGUGCGAUGUUGAUGCAGAUGCAAACAUAUUUUCGAAAUUCGAAAGAAGAUGCUCAUUGGAUUAAGGGCAUGGUUGCAUUUCUAUUCGUUUGUGGGGUUACGAAUUCCGUGAUGGACGUUAUCUUUACAUAUAACUAUGGGAUUCGGCAGUUUGGAAACACAAUCGCUAUUCAGACUUCGACUUGGGUCUUCGAUACAGACCCAGUGAUGACCGUGCUUUUAUCAACCACUGUUCAAACCUUCUUUGGAUGGAGAGUGAAGCGGUUGACGGGGCAGAACAUUGUUGCUGGUUUUAUUUUCGUUGCUGCCUUUGUGCAAUUCUUGUGCGGUUUGGGGACAAGUAUUGCUUGUGGAAUGGUGAAGGAGUUCGUUCAUUUCCAGCGAUUUCAAUCCAUUGUUAUUGUAUGGCUUGUUCUUGCUCCUGUGACGGACUUCCUGAUUUCUGGUUCCCUUUUCUGGUAUCUGCAUACUCACAGAACCGGCUUCGCGUACACGGACGACAUCAUUGACAGAGUUUCUCGAUUGACACUUCAAACCGGUGCCAUUACUGCAGUUUGGGCGAGUGUGGAUUUGGGGAUUUAUUUGGGAUUUGCAAAUAAUCUACAUCUGAUCCUCAAUAUCCCGCUCGGUCUCCUUUACUGUAACUGUCUUAUGUCAUCUUUGAACGCGCGGCGCCAAUGGUCUACAUCAUCUAGUUACCCUGUUGAGGUUGAGUUCCAACGAAGAGUGAAUGUUGGUAACCCCGGAACGAUUAACAUCACCACCAAAUCCGAGACCCAUCGAGACCACUACGAACUCAAUGUUCCUGCUCACGCACCUCGUGUGCCCUUCAACGGAACGGACCCUGCAGUCCGACCAAGUCUUUCCCCCUCUAAAAAACGCUCAAAUCCAGCGCCUAUGACUGACGAUGGCUUAUCAUUGCAGUCCGCUUCGAUCGAGGAGGAUGUGUCCAGUCAGAAGGCUUCCGCGGCGAAUAGCUCCGAGACCAAUUGGAAGUAAACUCCCCCCCCCGUCUGAUCUUGAUGCGGCUGUCCUUGCCAUCAUUUUGUACCAUUUCGAUGCAGGUUGAAGACGGAAAAAUCAAUGUCAUGUCAGUUCUACUUAGAUCUCAAUAAAUUAAAUUGAAUUCGUGAUCAGGCAUGGAGUGCUAAUUAAAGUGCAUUUAUUCGGGUCAGUGACUGGCUCUCCUGUUGGCUUUUUCCUUCCAGCGGGCAAUUGUCAGAUGCUUGCGAGCCCUCGCUUCUGGAGAUCUGGCUAAGGGCUGGUCGGCUU